AAGACUCAAUCCGAUUUCCUUUACUAUUACUAAUAGUUUUUUCUUGAGUUGUUUAAAGCCGUAGCUGAUUCGGUGAAGAAAAGCACAAGCAGUUCAAAGAGACUAUUUAAAUGCAGGAGGAAGUCAAAGCCCUGAGAGAGAGAGAGAAUGGAGAGCGAACUGGUUGGGCUUUGCAUCGAAGCGGCAUGCCGGAGCAAAGAGAGCGUGGAGAAGUGGCGGGGGCAGAGGCGAACCCUCGAGCGCUUGCCCUCACAGCUCGCCGACGCUCUCCUCCGCCGCCUCCUCGCUCGUCGCCUCCUCUUCCCGUCCUUGCUCGAAGUUUUCAAACGUAGUGCAGAGGAGAUUGAUCUCAGAGGUGAGAAUUCUGUGGAUGCGGAAUGGAUGGCAUACUUGGGAGCCUUUCGUAACUUGCGCUCAUUGAAUGUUGCAGAUUGCCAUAGAGUCACUAGUUCAGCCCUUUGGGCUAUGAUAGGGAUGGCUAGUUUAAAGGAGUUGGAUCUUUCUAGAUGCUUGAAGGUUACUGAUGCUGGCAUUAGGCAUGUUAUAACCAUUUCAACAUUGGAAAAGUUAUGCAUAUCAGAAACCGGUCUUACUGUUAAUGGGAUUCCGCUUCUCUCUUCACUUAAAAACUUGUCUAUCUUGGACUUGGGUGGUUUACCUGUCACUGAUCAGGCACUGUAUUCACUCCAGGUACUCACGAAACUACAGUACCUUGAUCUUUGGGGGAGUAAAGUAUCUAACAAUGGUGCUGCUGUUCUUCAAAAGUUCUCCAAGCUGAGCUCCCUUAAUGUAGCUUGGACCAACAUCACAGAGUUACCAAAUUUGCCAUCUCUUGAAUGCCUAAACAUGAGUAAUUGUACCAUUAACACAAUACUUGAAGGGGAUGGAGUUAAAGCUCCUUUAACAAAACUUAUCUUCUCUGGAGCUACAUUCAUAAAUGAGGCUGAGGCCUUACUAUAUUGUGAGACAAGUUUCCUAUCCUUUUUGGAUGUAUCCAACUCUUCCCUUCAAAGAUUCUGCUUCUUACCUUUUAUGAAAGCACUGAAACAUUUGGAUCUCAGCUCUAGCACGAUGAGAGAUGAUUUAGUCGAGCACGUUGCAUGUAUAGGAGCGGAUUUGAGAUAUCUAAAUCUCAGCAACACAAGAGUCAGCUCUGCUGGAUUUGAGAUUUUAGUUGGACAUGUUCCCAAUCUGGAAAUUCUAUCAUUAUCCUGCACACCAGUUGAUGAUGUUGCCGUCUUGUCUAUAAGCAAACUGCCUUCAGUGAAGGUUGUCAACAUAAGCAAUACCAAUGUUAAAGGUUUCAUUCACCUGGUAGGCGCUGAGCCGGACUCAGUUCUCUCACUACAAGCACUAGAAAGUCUCAAUCAUUUGGAAAAGUUGAAUAUCGAGGAGACUCGUGUCAGGGAUGCAGCACUAAAACCUUUAUCAAGCUUCCAAGAGUUGAGAUCUCUCUCUCUCAGAAGUACUUCCCUUACAGAUGUCUCCCUGGACUACUUGUCAUCUCUCCCAAAGCUGAUAAAUCUUAGAUUUCGUGAUGCUGUGUUGACAAACUGUGGGCUCAUUUCAUUCAAUCCCUCAGCCACUUUAAAAUUGCUGGAUCUGAGAGGUUGUUGGCUCCUGACUAGGGAUGCUAUUUUGUCGUUCUGUAGAAAUCAUCCUCAAAUUGAAGUAAGGCAUGAACUUGUACAUAUCCCUCCAAUAGACAAAAUUGGCUCUAGUCGUCCAUCUCCAUCACGAUUAACUUCGAGGACCUUUCCGGUGAACCAGAAGCAGCAUGGGAACAUACCCCUCUCUUCAUAUUUUGUAGAUCAAAGGUUGAAAUAUAGCAGAGAGGAGCUACUUGAACUGCAGUAUUCGUCUGUGUAUCUUGUAUCUCCUCUUGAUAGAGGCAUUACAAGUUCCCAGGAGGACGUGAAUUAACCAGGGAUGCUUUAAAAUCUUUCCGUUCCAUGUUGUAACUGUCUGUGAUUUAUAUAUGUAAUGAUAGCUGUUUUUCUUUUCCUUUA